GAGUUGACUCCUCCCACAGAGCUCAUCAGCCUCACGUGUUUGAUGAGGUUGGAAGACAGGAGAAAAAAGUGCGCGUGAACGCCGGUGGCUCACAUGACUUCACUCAAAGCGGCACGUGUGCUGAGACUUGAUGUUUCACUUGUGGCUUUGUCCCCUCUCGACUCCUCCCUCUUUGAGUUGAUAUAAAAGCAUUUUGACGGUUUGAGCUGCAGUCACUUCAAGAUCUGCUCUAUGGUUAAAUCGAGCUGAACUGUAAAUCACUGUUCUUAGUCUCCAAAAUGGCGGCGCCUGAUCCCAAGCGUCUCUGUGACUCCAUAAAGGCUCAGAGCAGCCGCUUCCAGUCUCAGAGCUGGGCCCUGCCGGUGUAUCUGCUGCCCCUAGUGGACGAACAGCUGCAAGUACCGGGCUGCAGACGCUUUCGAUUUGGAGAAGAGAACACUGCAAAACCCACACGCACUAUCAUGAUGAUGGGAGCAACAGGAGCUGGGAAGUCCACUCUGAUCGACGGAAUGAUCAACUAUAUCUUAGGCGUCCGCUGGAAUGACGAUUACCGAUUUAAACUUGUCAGAGAAGUCCAGAAAGGAACCCAGGCUGUGAGUCAAACCUCUGAGGUCACAGUCUACAAACUCAACUACCAAGAUGGCUUCCAGGUGAACUACUCACUCACCAUCAUCGAUACGCCGGGCUUUGGAGACAACAGAGGGAUCGACAGGGACAGGCAAAUCACAGACCAGCUCCGAGCACUCUUCACAUCCUCGUCUGGCGUCUGCGACAUCGACGCCGUGUGCUUCGUGGUGCAGGCAGCUUUAGCGCGGCUCACACACUCGCAGAAGUACGUGUUCGACUCUGUGCUCUCCAUCUUCGGCAAAGACAUUGCCAGCAACAUCCGAGUCCUGGUGACCUUUGCGGACGGACAGCGCCCCCCAGUGCUAGACGCAAUCACUGCAGCUGCAGUCCCAUGUCCCAUAGAAAAGGGAGUUCCACUUCACUUCAAAUUCAACAACUCUGCUCUGUCCGCCAACAACAAGUCCACUAAAGGCCCGGACGAGGAGCAGGACGAGGAGGACGAAUUUGAUCAGAUGUUUUGGAAUAUGGGAAGCAAAAGCAUGAAGCGCUUCUUUGCGGCUCUGAGUAAAAUCCAAACCAAGAGUCUGACCUUGACCAAAGAGGUGCUGACUGAGAGAAAGCAGCUGGAGAACCUGGUGGAGAACCUUCAGAAGCAGGUGCGUGUAGGUCUGUGUAAACUGGAGGAGAUCAGACAGACGUCACAAAUGGUGGAGCAGCACAAGGCCGAGAUCAGCAGGAACAAGAACUUUGAGUUCAACAUCACUGUGUCUGAGCCCCAACAGGUGGACAUCUCUGGAACUGGCAUCUUCAUCACCAACUGUCAGCAGUGUCACUACACCUGCCACGACGACUGCGCAUAUGCCAAUGACGCCGACAAAAUACGCUGUGUGGCAAUGGGAAAAGAUGGAAAUUGCAAAGUCUGUCCCAACAACUGUAUCUGGAGCGUGCACUUCAACCAGAAGUACAAGUGGGAGUACAUUUCUGUGACGAAGAAGGAGACCAUCACAGACCUCAAGAAAAAGUACGAGAUCGCCAAAGACGCCAAGAACACGGUGGAGGCUCUGCUCAGAGAGAUGGAACUCGAAUACGAGGACGUGCAGGUGGAGGUGGCACAGCUCAUUGAUCAGUCCUCCACCUGUCUGAACAGGCUGAAGCAGAUCGCCCUGAAGCCAGACCCCCUCUCUGCUCCAGAAUACAUCGACAUGCUGAUCAAAGUGGAGAGGUCUGAGGCCAAAGAGGGCUGGCAGCGGCGCGUGGAUUCUCUCAUGGCCAUGAAGGAGAAGGCAGAGUACAUGGCCAGAGUGGGGAGAGGAGAGACCUUUCUGGAGAGACCGCGCUCUCAGCCAGCCAAAAAGAAAGGUUUUCUGAGCUGGUUUAGGUGAUGAGUCUGCCCUCACACACGCCUGCUAGUUUGAAUCCCUCUGUGAUCUUUAUGCUGCUGUGUGCUUGAGCAAGAAAAUACAGCUCACAGUUAAAAAGUUAAUUCCUGUAAUGUGUAAAAGCGCUCGGUGCGUCACUUUUUAUUUUCUGAUUAAACAAAUAUUCACACAUA